CCGCCGCGAAAGGGCAGUGGGGGGCGCGGGGCUUGGAGAUGCCGGGCGCCUCUCCGGGUUCCUCGGAGUCGCGGCCCCCGGAGUCGCGCGGAGACAUGAGUGGCACCGGAGGCGACCGCACGCGCCUCAGGCGCUACCCUAGGCUUCCGGUGUGGGUGGUGGAGGAUCACCAGGAGGUUCUGCCCUUCAUAUACCGGGCCAUAGGUUCGAAACAUCUUCCUGCUAGUAAUAUCAGCUUUUUACAUUUUGACUCACAUCCAGACCUCCUUAUUCCUGUGAAUAUGCCAGCAGACACUGUGUUUGAUAAGGAAGCACUCUUUGGAGAAUUAAGUAUUGAAAAUUGGAUUAUGCCUGCAGUUUAUGCUGGCCAUUUUUCUCAUAUAAUAUGGCUUCAUCCCACAUGGGCUCAGCAAAUCACAGAGGGCAAACACCACUUCUUAGUAGGCAAAGACAUUUCUACCACCACAAUCAGGGUUACCAGUACCGACUAUUACUUCCUAAGUGACGGUCUAUUUGUACCUGAAGACCAGCUGGAGAACCAGAAACCCUUACAGUUGGACGUGGUUGUGGUAGAACCUCACAGACUCUGUAACCAUCAAGAGGACAGUGACUCCGUGUCUUCUGCCAAGAAGCCCAAGCUGGCACUGGGCGGUCGAGAGAGCACUGCCGCUGCUAACGGGGACCCUUGCUCAGAAGGACUGCGAGGGGAUGCAGUGACCCCACCGAGUGACCGUGCUUGCCCGGAUCCAUCAGGCCCCUGUUCCUCUGGAGGCCAGCAGUGCCAAAGCACAGCCAACAUUGGAGAGAUCCUGGCUCAGGACUGCGAGGGAGAUGCAGUGACCCCACCGAGUGACUGUGCUUGCCCGGAGCCAUCAGGCCCCUGUUCCUCUGGAGGCCAGCAGUGCCAAAGCACAGCCAACAUUGGAGAGAUCCUGGAAGUGCUGAAGAAUGGAGAUGCAUUUGUUCUAGAUAUUGACUUGGAUUUUUUUUCUGUCAAAAAUCCCUUCAAAGAAAUGUUCACGCAGGAUGAGUACAAAAUUCUACAGGAGCUUUACCAGUUUAAAAAGCCUGAUAGUAACCUUACUGAGGAAGAUUUGGUAGAUAUUGUUGAUACUCGGACUCGUCAACUGGAAGAUUUAGAAGCAGUUUUUGCUGAUUUAUGUGAUGGUGAUGGUGAAGAAACUGUACAGAGAUGGGCCUCAAACCCCGGAAUGGAAUCACUAAUUCCACUUGUACAGAGUUUGAAAAAACGGAUGGAAGUACCAGACUAUGAAAUGGUUCACCAGGCUGGGCUAACCUGCGAUUAUUCCGAACUCCCUCAUCACGUCAGCACAGAAGAAGAAAUUGAGUGUCUUAUUCAGUCUAUGUAUUCUUUACUGAAAAGUCUUCCAAAGCCUACUCUUGUGACAAUUGCAAGGUCAAGUCUGGAUGACUACUGUCCUCCUGAACAAGUUGACACCAUUCAGGAAAAGGUCCUCAGUGUGCUGCACUCGCUCUAUGGGACCCUGGACACUCACCUGGUGUAUUCAGAAGAGUCUCUGCCAUGUUGAGACACACAGAGCACUAGGUGCCUAUGCAUUUUGUUACAGUCACAGGGCCUUUGUGAGUCUUCCAGAGGACACUUUUAUAUUUUGGCUUUUCGAGUCAGGGUUUCUUUGAGUAGCCUUGGCUGUCGUGGAACUAGUUCUGUAGACCUGGCUAGCCUCAAACUCAUAGAGAUCCUCCUGCCUCUGCCUCCCAAGUGCUGGGAUUAAAGGCAUGUGCCACCACCACCCAGCCAGAGUACACCUUUUAUGUUAACUUUCAGUUAAAAUCAGUCAGAUAUUCUGAAUCUCAAAAAAAUACCAGUUGUUGAAAAUGGCAUUUGGGGUGGAGGUAAGGGAUGUCUGUUUGAUUUGGUUUUAUUGUUUUUACAUCAAAUCUGUUAACCUCAGUUGAUGGGGACUAUUGGCUAUCUUUCUUGUUUUCCAUAUUGUCUUUGAUAUUGUGAGAGAUUUUUUUUCUUUUCCCCAAACAGAACUUUGGAUUAUAUGAGAUUUAUUUACUUAUUCAUUCAUCUGAUGUUUAUUUAGCAUGUCACUGUACCAGACACUGCCCUCCUUUGGGAGACACAUGAGAAGCAAAUAAUGGGCUAUGAACAGUUUAAGGAAAAAGAGAGAACCACAAAUGUGUCUUGGGCAUGCAGUUAGUUCUCAGGUACCCUGGCCUUGUAGGAAAGUAACAUUCUCAAAAGUGAUGCAAAAACAUCCUUGCCAGUUCAUGAAAAUGUUUCAGCAAAGCUGCCUGUCUAAGGAUGUUGGAAUUGUGCCCACACUUUGACUAAAUGUUCUCUAGCAUUGAUUUUGUGUAAGAGGUCUGCUUGAGUAAACCUGACCAAACAGAAUUUCCCUUUUUGUUGUUGCUUGUAGGUUUUUUGUUUUGUUCUUGUUGUUUUUUUUGGUUGGUUGGUUUUUCGAGGCAGGGUUUCUCUGUGUAGCCCUGGCUGUCCUGGAACUCACUCAGUAGACUAGGCUAGCCUGUAACUCAGAGAACUACCUGCCUCUAUCUCUUGAGUGCUGGGAUUAAAGACAUGCAGCACCACUGCCUGGCUGCCUGUAGUUUUUGGUGAUUGGAAAGGCUUUGGGAGUUAUUGCCUUCAGGUGGUCACUGUGGGCCUCAGUUAGCAGUUAGUCACUAAGUGUCACUCUAUUGGCAAUUGGGGUCAAGGGGCUAUAAAGUUGCUAAGCAGUUAAGAGCACUUGCUGCUCUGCAGAGGACUAGAGUUCAGUCCCCAGCACCCUAUGGCAGCUCACAGCUUCUUGUGAUCCCAGACCUAGAGGCUAAUACUCUCUUGUGGCCUCCCAGUACCACACACAUGGGUACAUACCCACACAUAAAUAAAAAUAAAUCUUUUAAAAAUCAAGGUCAACCAUUUUUUCUGAUAAACCAACUAUUUAAGGAAAAAGUAGAAAAGGUACAUCUUUGUGACCUGACAUAACUUCCUAGGGACAUAGCAGCCUUCCACCAGCCUCCUCCUAAUGUGACUGAACACAGUGGGCCCUCCCUUAGAUGAGUGCAAGGGCGGGACUAGUGAUAAAAGUGAAGAACCGUUGAUCGUUUGAACAGUAAGGAGAGCACUGGGGAUGGUCCCUGAUAGUGUCUCUCCCCAAAUAAAGAGAGAGGGGAAUUGUAUUGGGGAGACCCGUGCAAGUUUUUCCUGGAAAGACCCAUCACUGCAUAUAGAAGAGAAUGUUUUUCUGCUGUAUGCAUUUGGAGAUCAUGCUUUACGUAUUUUAAAAGUUUGCCCUUAGUGACCCAGAAGAGUGACUAGGCUGUUUGGGCUGUACUAAACUUGUGGGGAGCGGAAAUGUGCUUUAAGGGAUGUAGCAUCUCCCCGCUCUGCCUCUGCAGACACCAGUGUCUAGCCCUAAGUUCCCACCUCACCAACCACGGAUAAGACACUCUUGAUCACGGAAGUUGUUUUCUCAGUUGGCCUUUUUUCCACACUUUGCUUCACUUUUGUUCUGUAGUUACUUUUAACUGCUUAAUUUCUUCUCCUUUUAAAGGUAAGAUGGUGUGUAAAGAAAAAAGCUCAACGUCCAUCAUUCCUGCUCAACAUAGCAGUUUUUCAUUUAUGCAGAUCAGUUUCAGCCCUCAUCAGCACGUGUUCCUCUAGAGUGUGUAGCCAGAAUCAGAGUUACUUAGAUGCAGGUAGUACUCCAGGACACAUGACCAUUGUCAUUCAGUAUAUGGAAGCGUAUUCGGUUUUUAUAGUAGCCAUAUUGUCCUUUGGCGGAUUCUCUUGACACUAUGAAAGCUUGUUUGUAUUGUGUAAGCAGAGCUUACAUUUUGAUACAUUAUGUACCCAAAAGGUUUAUGUUCAUACAAAAUUAGAAUUGUAAAAUUGUGCUAGUUGUUUUUAAAUUUUGAAAAUUUUCUGUUAGAGUUCUGUAAAUAGGCAUUACUUUAAUGAAUAAAUUAUUCUGUGUGCUAAAUGAAAUUAAAUAUUGGAAGAUUUAAGGCUUUUAUGUUAAGCUGUAGCACUAAUUAUUCUUGAGUCAAUCUGUUGACUUCAUUGGUUUUUAGCUAUGUUUUGUUUUGAAUUAUUCUGUGUGCUAAAUGAAAUUAAAUGAUAUGUUUGGAAGUUUUAAGGCUUUUAUGUUAA